AUGAGGGACGCCAGCGGCUUCAACAGGAUGAAUGAGGACUUUGCCAAGAUGAAGGAGGACUUUGGGGCGAGCAUCGUACGCAUGUACUACCCUACAUGCACCAAGUCGAUCGUGUUCAAGAAUGCGAUUCGAGCUGCGGCCAAGAACAACAUGGCUAUCAUCUUGCAGGUCUGGACAAACUUUGGCAACGGUGACGUCUGGAGACGUUCCCAACAGGCUAUUUACGACACCCUCGAUGAUCCUGAAUUCGCGGCCGUAGCACCGUAUGUUGUCCACAGCGCUGACUGGGGCUCUGAGCCAGUUGGAGACGGCAUGGACUCUUCCAACUUCGUCAACGACCUCAAAGAAUUUCGCAGGCGGAUGAACGAGCAUGAUAUCAAAGCGGGCAUCAGCGAGGAUUGGGACCGCCCCCGUUCCCUGCGCAACGGCGAUAACCUGACGGAUCUGGGUCGCGGCAUCAGAGGUAGCUCGGACUAUGCUCACAUCCAUCCCAUGCCCUUCUAUCACGGCAACAACCCUGAGAGCAAGGCGUGGGCAUACGUCCAGCAGGCUACGCAGUGGGUUUUGGAUCAUGUCAAGCUGCCUACUAUGAUUACGGAGAGCCCUUGGGCUUGGGGCCCGACUAACCACAACCCUGGGAGGAGUGACGUAGGUGUUGCUCAGUACAGGCGUUACUGGAAAACAUUCGACGAUAAUUGCGAGUGGUUCAAGGAAAAGAACGUUGGUUGGUUCCUGCAUGCUUGGCAGGGAGAGGACAAGUUUGACAUUGUCAAGCCAGGUGCCUCUGGCUACGUCAUCCCUGACUGGAGACCUCGUCGGUGCUGA